AAAUCAAAUAACAACAAUGGCUUCAUACUCAACCACCAUGAUCAUCCUACCAGUUCUCUUCUCUGGAUUGUUGUACGCCAACGGAAGAGCGGUUGAUCUCGCGUCGACUCUCACUCAACAAAGCCAGUUUGAUUUCUUCACACUGGCUCUCCAGUGGCCUGCAACUUUCUGCUCAACACAUGAGAAUAAAUGUUGUCCUGAAAAUGGUUGUUGCGCAGGAGAAAAUUCUCAAUCUCCACCAGGAUUCACAAUCCAUGGACUAUGGCCUGAUUACAAAGAUGGAUCAUGGCCAUCAUGUUGUGAAGGUGCUGCUUAUGAUGAAACAAAGAUUGCACCAUUGCUUGAUGCUAUGCACAAGUAUUGGCCGAUACUAAGUUGCAACGACAUAUCAUCAUGCAAUAACAAAACGAACUCGUUUUGGGCCGAUCAGUGGGAGCAACAUGGUACAUGCUCCACCUCAGUAACAGGAGACCAAUAUGGGUAUUUCCUAACAGCCCUUGAAUUGUAUUUGAAGUAUAAUGUCACGGAAGUUCUUUUACAAGCAAAAGUUAAACCUUCAAAUUCAAACACAUACCCAUCAGCUGUUCUCAUUUCUGCUAUUGAAUAUGCUUUCCAUGCAAAGCCUCAAUUGGUCUGCAAAGACGGUGAUGUAAUCAAAGAAGUUCGUUUGUGUUUUACCAAGGACCUCCAGCCUCGAGAGUGUGUCGAACCUAGUUGGUGUCCUGCUAAUGUCCGCUUACUAAAAUUCGCAUUCUUGGGUAAGCUUAGUCUCAAGUACUCGUAA